CCGAAUUCCGCUAAUAAACAUACAUUAUAACCAUGAGCGUGGGUGAGAGAUGAGUCCGAUGACACGGAGUAUUUAACACUAAGCGACGCACACGCCGCCCGAUCAGUCGCACCAAGACCAAAACCGCGGGCUCCUGCCUGACUGACCGCACCACUACCUCGACCGUACAUUAAACCGUACUAGUAAACUAUAGAUAAGUUCGGGAAGUGUAAAAGAAAACAUAACCCCGUUAUGGGGAAAAUCACUUUGAGCAUCUUGGUGCUGUGUGCAAGUGCAUGGGCAUCGCCGCACGCGGACACGUAUUCCUUCGAACGCAGCGCGGUUGAAACCGUCCCACAGCAUGAUCCGAUUGCUACACCUAUUCGCGCUUCUGUAGAAAGCAUACCUCUGAGGAGUCUUAGUGAGGAAGGAGAAGGCAGACUGCCUUUACGUGAUGCGGUUGAGAAACGACCAAUUUCCUUAAGAGACAGUGAUCAAGAUUAUGGAUUCAAGAAUGUCGAGUAUGUCGAAAACAUUGACGUCGUUAAUGAAGGAGGACUGAAGAAAUUCUACGGGGCAGCCAGCUAUUUGAACAACGUCAGCAAAAACAACGACAGACUUCACCAUGGCAAUGCGAAUUUGCAAGCAAUGCAACAAACCAUCAGCGUGCCAACCGACAGGAAGCUGGUGGUGUGCUACAUGCAGUCGUGGGCCGCGUACAGGGCGCCCCCGCUGGCGUUCACCGCGGGGCUGAUCCCGCGCUCCUGCACCCAUCUCCACUACGCCUUCGCGGCCAUACACCCGCACACGUACUCUGUCAUACCGGCCAACGAGGACUACGACGUCAUAAAAGGUGGUUACCGCAUCGCCACUGGUCUGAAGAAGCGGCAGCAAGGUCUCCGUGUUCUCAUCAGCGUUGGUGGAGAGGGCAGCGAGCGAUUGUUCAGCGAUCUGGUGCAGGAACCGAAGAGACGCAGCCUUUUCAUAGAGAGUGCGGUCAAUUUCCUCAGGGAACACGACUUCGAUGGCCUAGACCUCCAUUGGGUAUAUCCAGGUGAAAGGGAUGACAAAGAAAAGGAGCUCCUAACUUCCCUCCUUUACGAGUUACGAGAAAAGUUCUCCUCCUACGGAUUGCUCCUAAGUACUGUUCUGCCUCCGUUCAGAUAUCAAAUAGACGAUGGUUAUGACCUAAGUGCUGUUAGUGGAGCGACUGAUUACACCAUACUUCAAGCGUGGGAUAUGACCCAUGGAAAGAAAGAUGAACCGCCGUCUAGAGCUUUGCAUCAUAGCACUUUACACCGUGACCCUGGUGCCGCAUCUAGGGAUCAAAGAUACGACAACAUUGAAUUUAUGGUAAAAUACAUUUUACGUCACGGCAUGGCUGCCGAAAAGCUCGUGUUGGGAGUACCAUUGUUUGGUAAGAGCUACACUCUGGCGGCUUCGACUCUGCCCUCUCCAGGCGCGGCCGUGAGCGCGUGGGGGGACGAAGGACAAUAUACCCAGACGAAAGGAUCACUCGCUUAUUUUGAAAUAUGCAUGAGUGAACGUGAAGGGAAAGGAGUCAGCGCUGUAGAUGAAGCCGGCAAUUCUUACGCAAUUUUCGACAAUCAGUGGGUAUCCUUCGAUUCACCCAGUACGGUUCUGGAAAAGAUGAGGUUCGUGAUAAGUUCUGGAUUGGCCGGAGCAGCUGCGUAUGCAAUAGAUAUGGAUGAUUUCAGAGGUCUUUGCGGAUCCCCGUUCCCAAUACUAAGCACAAUAUCCACUAGUCUCAACGGUGAAUCGAUACAGUCCGAUCAAUCGUCCCUAAAGAUCGGAUCCUGUCAGUCGGACUCUCCAUACUUGGCAUCGGACGAAGAUUCGUGCGCACAUUUCCAUUUCUGUUCUGGUAAAAUUAAUUACAGAAUGAUUUGUGAGGAGGAACGACUCUAUGAUCCAUCUACUGGUUUUUGUGGCCACCAAGAUGUCGCAAAGUGUAUGCCUGGACAAAGCCUUCGCAUAAGCAUCAAUGAUGCAGAACGUUACUUAUCACAUGUGUACGAAAAUGAUUUCGAAUGGAAUGGUGAAGAGAUUGUCAAAGAUGUCCAAAAAGGAUCUCUAUUUGACCCGUAUGAAGUGGAUACUAAGAGAAAUAAAGAAAAUGACAAAAAAGUAGUUUGUUAUAUGACAAGUUGGGCUUUCUAUCGACGAGGAGAUGGAAAAUUCGUUCCUGAACACAUCGACAGCAGACUAUGUACUCAUGUAGUUUAUGCAUACGCAUCCCUUACCCCCGACGAUCUAGUUGCCAAGGAGUUUGACCCAUGGGCGGAUCUUACAAACAAUCUUUAUGAGCGUGUUACCUCUCUGAGGGAUGUGAAAGUGCUUCUCGGAUUGGGAGGGUGGACGGAUUCUGCUGGUGACAAAUACUCGCGGCUGGUGUCCUCUGAUACGGCACGAAUGAAAUUCAUCGAAAAUCUGAUUCCUUUCUUGAAAAUGCAUAACUUUAAUGGUCUCCACCUCGACUGGAAUUAUCCAGUUUGCUGGCAGAGUAACUGCAAGAAAGGUGCAGCAUCAGACAAAGCAAACUUUGCUAAAUUUGUGCAGCAAUUAUCGCGGGCUCUACAUGGGAUCGGCAUGGAAUUAGGUGUGGCCAUAUCAGGAUAUAAAGAAGUGAUAGAAACCGCUUACGAUUUGCCGACGAUCUCCAAGGCUGUGGACUUCAUGAGCGCCAUGACCUAUGAUUACCACGGCGGAUGGGAGAGGACUACAGCUCAUCACACGCCGCUUGUGCCAGAACCGAACGAUGCAUUGGCUUAUUAUUCCAUUGAGUACGCUAUUAAGGCGCUGUUAAGUGGCGGAGCCGAUCCUAAGAAGUUACUCAUGGGGUUAUCGUUCUAUGGACAAUCGUAUCGACUCGCCGAUGGCGCAGGACCUAAAACAUCCGGAGCACCCGCGGCAGGUCCCGGUGAAGCGGGCGAAUUCACUAAGCAGCCAGGAAUGCUGGCCUACUAUGAAAUCUGUUAUAGAGUAAAGAAUUUACGCUGGAAGACUGGCCGUCAAAACAACGCGGGUCCUUACACAUACUCGGAUACCCAAUGGGUCGGAUACGACGAUCCUAAGUCUAUCACUGAAAAGGUGGAAUGGGCAUUGCGUCAAGGGCUGGCCGGUGUGACCGCGUGGGCCAUUGACUUAGACGACUUCAAUAACCGCUGCUGCGCCGAGCCGUCGCCUUUGCUGAGGGCAGCAGGCCGCGCGCUCGGACGCUCGGUGCCGUCGCCGCCAAGCACGGCUUGCGAACGACCACCGCAACCUGUGACUCCUGCACCACCUACCACUACCACUGUAGCUUCUGAUGGUUCUAUGGGUGGGUCAGGCGACCACGGCAGUCACGGUGGUCACGACCAACAUACGUCAACCACUUGGCCCGGUUGGAACCCGUCAACUACAACCAGCGCCACUUCACAAACGUGGUGGCCGCCUGCAACUACCCCCGCCACUACUACCACUACAAAAGCUACAACUACAAAAGCUACAACUGCAAAACCUACGACUACAACGACCACGAAGAAUCCAUCUGUAGAUUCUCCAGCUCGACCUCCUACAGACGCCGGUGGUUUAGAGGGCGGUCCCUGCACUGCGGGCGAUUAUGGCGCCGCUCCCGGGGACUGUGAGAGCUACUUACAGUGCGAGGCUGGACAAUGGCGGAAGCACCGCUGCGCGCCCGGACUGCAUUGGGCUGCGGCCGUCAGUCGCUGCGACUGGCCUAGCUUCGCCAAAUGCACAGCUGAGAGCCCAAACAACGAAGCAAGCACAGCCACCAGCACUUUAGCGCCUAUAACGUCACGUCCGCCACCUCGACCCACCACUACCCUGAGGCCUACCACUACGACAAGACCAACCACAACUACACAGCGCACCACUACUACAAGAGCAACGACGACCACAACUACUCAACGACCAACUACUUCAGCCACACCUAUUUCCAGCAGUGAAGACCUGGAAGGAAAGCCUUGCAGAGGGGAAGGUUAUCGUCCAUCGAGCAACUGCAACGCCUACUUAAUGUGUGACGGUAAUAUGUGGCUGCUGCAGCACUGCGCACCCAGCCUCCACUGGAGUCCCACAGACAACCGCUGCGAUUGGCCUAAAUACGCCAAAUGUAAAUCUUCUACACCGAAACCAGCUGCAACUACGCAAAAACCAACCCGACCCCCUCCUAAACCAACAAACAUGGUACCAUCAGUGGAUAGACCUAUGGAGGACGGAACGUGUGGUUCUAACGAGGUCCACGCGGCUGCUAGCUCUUGUGACGCGUACCUGUUGUGCGUGGGCGGGCGUUGGCGCAAGCAGCUGUGCCCGCCCGGCCUGCAUUGGGACCGCCGCACCAACCGCUGCGACUGGGUCGAGUUCGCCAUGUGUGAAGAUAAACCUUCAGCUACUAAGUCACCAAUUUUGGAAACUCCAACAAGUACAAAAAAACCGACGACAAGAACUACUACUACCACUACAACUCGUCGACCAAUGACCACAUCUCGUCGACCAACGACCACAACUCGUCGAUCAACGACCACCAAAAGACCAUCAUGGAUAGAGGAAUCCCAUAUGCCGGAGAAAGGCUGCAUUACGGGUACAUACCACCCUCACCCCGAGUGCAAGAAGUUCUUCGUAUGUGUAAACGGAAUGCUCAUAGCGCAAAGCUGCGCCCCGGGGCUUGUGUGGAGGGCUGAUCGGAUGCAAUGCGACUUCCCCAACGCAGCGUCUUGUACGGACCAUCGCCAGGUGAUGUCCGCUGCGAUGACUGACGCGAAUGCUGACUCGACGUCCUUGCAACUACUACAAGACGAAAUGCCAAAGUUUUGCGAGAAUGGAGAAUACGCCGUUCUUGAAACGGACUGCACCCGUUAUCGACAUUGCAUAUUUGGCAAGUUUGAAGAAUUCUCGUGCAGCGCCGGCCUGCACUGGAAUGAGGAGAGGCAAAUUUGCGACUGGCCAAAAAACGCGAAAUGCAAAGUAAAGACAAUGCCUAAGCCCACUACAGAAGCCCCGAAACCGCCGAAACCCGUGGAACCCGAGGAAAUGAAACCAAUGCCGAUGCCAGUUGAGCCAGUAGGAUCGAUGCCGCCUUCGGGAACAUCACCAGUAGCGGGUGCCAGACCACCACUAUUAAAAAGUGGUUACAAACUGGUGUGCUACUACACGAACUGGUCGUGGUACCGUCCAGGGCUGGGCAAGUACUCGCCGGAAGACAUUGAUCCGUCGCUGUGCACGCAUAUCGUGUACGGGUUCGCGGUACUAGGUGACGACGGCCUCAUCGCCGCGCACGACGACUGGGCUGACUACGAUAACAGAUUCUACGAACGCGUGACAGAGUACAAGCGUUACGGUAUCAAAGUGACCCUAGCUAUCGGCGGAUGGAAUGACUCAGCGGGAGACAAAUACUCCAAGCUGGUGAACGGUCCCUCAGCUCGUGCCAGGUUCAUAGCGCAUGCGGUGCCCUUCCUCGAGCAAUACGGCUUCGAUGGUUUAGACCUCGACUGGGAGUAUCCUAAAUGUUGGCAGGUCGACUGCUCCAAAGGCCCAGACUCGGACAAGCGUAGCUUCGCUGAGUUCGUGCGCGAGUUAUCAGCAAUAUUGAAGCCUAAGGGCAUGCUGCUGUCUGCCGCGGUGUCUCCCAGCAAGAUGGUGAUCGACGCCGGAUACGACGUCGCCAGUCUGGCACGAUAUCUCGACUGGAUUGCGAUCAUGACGUACGACUACCACGGCCAGUGGGACAAAAAGACUGGCCACGUGGCGCCGCUCUACUACCAUCCCGAUGACGACAACACUUACUUCAAUGCGAACUACACAGUACACUAUUGGAUGAAGAAAGGGGCACCGAGUUACAAGCUAGUGAUGGGUAUGCCGAUGUACGGGCAGAGUUUCACCAUCGGCAACAAGUGGGACAGUCCCCAAUAUCUGGCGAGGAAAGACGCGGUCGGACUUAACGCGCCCGCUAAGGACGGUGGAGAGCCCGGAGAGUAUACGAGAGCUAAAGGAUUUUUGGCCUAUUAUGAGAUUUGCGAUCGCAUCAGAAACAGUGGUUGGCAAGUAGUGAAAGAUGCGUAUGGCCGAAUGGGCCCUUACGCAUUCAAAGGUAGCCAAUGGGUAUCGUUCGACGACGUGGAAAUCAUCAAGAAAAAAGUCAACUUCAUUAAAUCCCUGAAACUCGGCGGAGGAAUGGUGUGGGCUCUUGAUCUCGACGAUUUUAGAAACAGAUGUGGACAAGGCAAACAUCCUCUAGUGAACGCUAUUAAAGACGGUUUACUUGAUCCUAAAAUUGAAGAUCUGGAUAUGAUCGCCCAACACGGAAUCAUGCCUAGCCCUCCUAAUAGUAUUAACGAAGAAGAAGAUGAGGAUGACAUUUUGGUACCGAUUCAUCAUAGACCGACUAAGAGACCGGUGCAGAUGACUUUAACAACAACUACUACAAGAAGACCGACCACUACUAAGAAACCGACCACAACUACGACUGCGGGCAACUUGAUAGAGGAAGAAAGAUACAAAAUCGUCUGUUAUUACACCAACUGGGCUUGGUACAGGCCCGACAACGGGAAAUACACUCCGAGCAACAUUAACCCCUCGAUGUGCACCCACAUCGUGUAUGCUUUCGCUGUGCUCGACAAAGAGCGUCUCGUCAUCAAAUCUCACGACAUUUGGCUAGAUGUCGAAAACAAAUUCUACGAGAAGGUGUCGUCGCUGAAGAGUCACGGGAUCAAAGUGGUCCUCGGCCUGGGAGGCUGGGACGACUCGGCGAGCGACAAGUACUCGCGGCUGGUGAACAACCCCUCGGCCAGGAGGACGUUCGUGGUGCACGCCGUCGACUUCAUCGAGCAGUAUGGCUUCGACGGCUUGGACCUGGAUUGGGAAUACCCCAAGUGUUGGCAGGUGGAGUGCGAAAAGGGGCCUUAUUCAGACAAGCAAGGAUUCGCUGAUCUAGUGAAGGAAUUGCAUGAAGCAUUUUCCAAACGUGGUUUACUUUUGUCUGCUGCCGUAUCGGCCAGCAAACGUGUUAUAGAUUAUGCCUAUGAUAUACCAUCAUUAGCAGAAAACUUGGAUUGGAUAGCUUUAAUGACUUACGAUUACCACGGUCAAUGGGACAAGAAGACUGGCCACGUAGCUCCAAUGUAUGUCAACGACAAAGAUGCUGACAAAACCCUCAACGUGAAUUUCACAGUUAGCUACUGGAUAAACAAAGGUGCUGCCCCUGAGAAGUUAGUACUGGGUGUUCCGUUCUACGGUCAGUCAUUCUCUUUGGUGGAAGGAGCUGGUACUGGACUUGAUACUCCUACUUAUGCAGGAGGGGAGGCAGGAGACGAGACCAGAGCACGUGGUUUCUUAUCCUUCUAUGAGAUCUGCGAACGGGUGAGAGUGAAGGGUUGGCGCGUACACCGCGACCCCGGCGGACGAAUGGGUCCAUACGCGACAGCCGGCGACCAAUGGGUGUCGUUCGACGACGACCUGAUGGCGCGCCACAAGGCGGAGUACGUCCGUGCCUUGGGCCUGGGCGGCGCUAUGGCGUGGGCUUUGGACUUGGACGACUUCACUGCACGCUACUGUGGAUGCGGACCAUCUCCCCUGCUGGCUAAUAUCAACCACGUGUUGAGAGACAAACCCGCCCCACCACCCUGCUUCUUGAAAGAAAUUCAAGCACCAACAACAACAGAAUCUGCAGAGACUCCUUCAACUUCAGUAACUACUGAGCCAGAAUACAAACCAGCGUACCCAGAAACUGAAAUAAGCAUGAACGACGAAACCGGACCGACGCUUGAUGGCAAACCUUGUUCAGGAGUUAUGUUCAGAGCAGAUGAUCAUGAUUGCAGUAAAUAUUACAUGUGUAUCAAUGAUCAAUACAUGGAACUGCUGUGUCCCGCACCACUAGUAUGGAACAAAAAUCACUGCGACUUCCCGGAGAAGUCAUCAUGCAAGAGCAGAGCAAACUUGAGAAUCGCAGGACAAAUAGGUCCGGUGUUAGCUGAUUAUAAACCAAUUGUUGGCUGCUACUUUACUAACUGGGCAUUCUACAGACACGGAAACGGCAGUUUUGGACCUGAACAAGUCGAUCCUUCAAUGUGCACUCACAUCAUAUACGCAUGGGCUCAUCUCGAUUAUGAUACGUACAAAAUAGUACCUGGAAACCAAGAACUAGAUAUAGAAAACGAUUUCUACGGAAAAAUUACGAAUCUUCGCUCGUUGGGAGUAAAAGUCAUUAUUGGAGUUGGUGGCUUAGAAGAUUCCGAAGACGAUAAAUGGCCAGAAAUGACCGCCAGUCCGCAACACAGAAAAACAUUCGUAGAAUCGACUCUCAAAUUCUUGAAGAGAUGGAACUUUGACGGUUUACAGCUCGCCUGGCAGUAUCCAGUUUGUAAACAGAUGCCAUGCACUGAUUUUGACAUCACGGAAAAGGAAAACUUCAGCAUUCUUUUAGCUGAACUGUCCAAAUCUCUACAUCAGCAUAACUACGAGUUAUCGGCUAUGGUAUCUGCAUCACCUGAAAUCGCAGCUCUGGCCUAUGAGCCUGAAGUAUUAACGGCAACUCUAGACUGGAUCUCACUUGCCGCUAAUGACUUUUACGCAUCUAAAUCAGGAAGAACGGCAUAUUUGGUGCCCUUGGAAUCAGUAGAGUUAGCAGGAAUCAAUAGUUUUAAUUCAUCUCUAGCAUACUGGGCAAGUGUUGUUCCCACAGGUCAGUUAGUAGUGGGAGUGCCAGCUUAUGCUCGUUCAUAUACUUUACGUAGUUCGGCUCAUACGGGAGUCCACGCACCCACCACUGGACCUGGAGCAAGAGGCCACUUUACUGGAGUACCUGGAUUCCUGGCUUCUUACGAGAUAUGUCCCGGCACCUCGAGCGGGUGGCAUGAGACGCAAACCGAGGACGGUACGUAUGCUGUGAAACGUUCCCAGUGGGCGUCGUACUUGGGGGCGGGCGAGGUUCACCGCGUAGGGGCGAGCGCGGCGCGCGCGGGACUGCGGGGCGCGGCGCUGUGGGCCCUAGACCUGGACGACUGGCGCGCGCUGUGCUCCCGUCGAGUGCGCCCUCUGCUCGCCGCGCUGCGACAGGGUCUCGACGCACCCAACCUGCCUUUGGACUUGUAAACUUUGACUCGUGGUACCAGAGCUACGCUGCGGCAGGCCCUCGACGAACCCGACCUGCCUUUAGACUUGUAAACUUGGACUCAUGGUACCAGAGUUACGCUGCGGCAGGCCCUCGACUAACCCGACCUGCCUUUGGACUUGUAAACUUGGACUCAUGGUACUAGAGCUACGCUGCGGCAGGCCCUCGACGAACCCGACCUGACUUUGGAC